AUGUCAGAUCUACCUAUUGACAGACUUGAUUCUGUAGAACCCUUCAGCUACAAUGGUUGUGAUGUCUUCGGUACAUUCUAUGUGAAGCAAGGACGAAAGACGGAUGUCAAGAGAUGGGCUGUCAUCUUCACCGAUCUAGCAAGUACAGCCAUCCACAUUGAGACUAUCAACAGCCUUGAUACUGAUUCAUUCCUCAAUGCUUACAGACGCUUUGUACGUAGGAGAGGCCCAGCUCGCUUACUUCGAUGUGACCAAGGUUCGAAUUUCAUUGGCGGUCGUAAUGAGAUGGCAGCUGCCUUGAAGGAGAUGAAUGCCGACAUAAUUAGGGAGGAGCUUUUGAAGGAUGGUUGUGACUUCAUCAACUUUGAUUUCAACGUGCCGAAGGCUAGUCAUAUGGCAGGAGUAUGGGAACGCAUGAUCUUGUCAUCGCGUAGGGCACAUGAUGGACUGCUGAUGAACAUUGAGUCUCAAUUGGAUGACGAACUAUUCAGGACAUUGAUGACUGAAGUUGAGAAUAUCGUGAACAGCAGGCCCUUGACAUACGAUGAUGCGCACUCGCCUGACGACCACUUGCCUAUCAGCCCACAGCAAAUUUUGACGUUGAAGUCCAACCUGACCUUACCUCCUCCAGGUGCAUUUGUCAAAGAGGACCUGUACUGUCAUAGGAGAUGA